AUGGAAACCGCCAACCAGAUCGUUUCCCUUGGGACAUUUCAGGUGCUGAAAGUGCCUCUGGGGUUUAUUCGCCUUUUGGAGUGGCUUUUUGCCAUCUUUGCUUUCGCGACAUGUGGAGGCUACUCUGGUCAGCUGCGGGUUAGUGUGGACUGUGUCAACAAGACUGACAGCAACCUCAGCAUCAACAUCAACUUCGCUUAUCCGUUCAGGUUGAACCAGGUGUACUUUGACGUGCCCACAUGUGAAGGCAGGAGCCAGGAGCGCCUCUUCCUGGUUGGAGAUUUCUCUUCCUCCGCUGAGUUCUUCGUCACCAUCGCCGUCUUCGCCUUCCUCUACUCUCUGCUGGCCACUGUGGUCUACAUAUUCUUUCAGAACACAUACCGCGAGAACAACCGUGGACCUUUUAUUGACUUCAUAGUGACGGUGGUCUUCUCCUUCAUGUGGCUGGUGAGUUCUUCUGCAUGGGCGAAAGGUCUGUCAGACGUGAAGAUGGCCACUGACCCAGACGAGGUGGUUCUGCUGAUGUCUGCCUGUAAGGUGCAGACGAACAAGUGCGGCUCUGUGUACGGGCCCAUCUGGUCAGGCCUCAACACUUCUGUGGUGUUCGGCUACCUGAACUUCGUUUUGUGGGCAGGAAACAUCUGGUUCGUGUUUAAAGAGACUGGCUGGCACAAGGGCGGCGCUGCACGGUACCCAUCAUCCGCUCCAGAAAAACAGGCUGCUCCCUUCAACCAGCAAUCCUACAACCAGGGCACAUUCGACCAAUCAGGAGGUGGCUUCAGCGGGACGGGAGACCUCGGCCAGUCAGAGUACAGCCAGGUGGGAACUUACACCUCAAGUGGGCCCACCUCCUACUGACCAGCCAUGACUUUGUCUUCCAAUCACAUGUGACCUACGCUCUUAAAAAUAAAGGUACUUGAAAGGGUUUAUAGAGUGACGCCAUAGAAGAACCACUUUUGAUUCCCUAAAGAACCUUUCAGUGGAUGGUUCCUUAAAGAACCAGUUUUGUGCAAUGAUGAACCAUUUUAAAGUUUGAAAACCUCCAUAUAAUGUGAAGGUUAUAUACCAGUUAAAUGGUCCAAACCAAGAACCAUUUAGGAAGCUUUAUUUUUAAGAGUGUAUUUGGAUGGGGCAACAAAUUGUAAAGGCAGACAUCAGCAUGCUGGAGGUCACAGGAGGGUGAUGAUGUUAACUGGUGUAACUUGGCAAUCAAAACAUUUAUUUGUAUUUCUAACAAUAUGAGGACAGUAAAGGGGUACAGAAUAAUGUUUGCUACUCAGUUUAUUGCAGGGAUACAAAGCAUCUGCAUAUAGAAGUAAACUUCUUGUCUUUUCCACGCACAAAAUGUCAAUAAUGUGACAGUUUUCCCAAAUUAAAAAGUAAAAAUGAAAAACAAUCAGUAUUGUUAAUGUAAUUCCUGAUAUUCCGAGAAGGAUUUAUGAAUUGUAAAUCCGAGAGUAAAUUGAGUACAAUUUGUUUUGUCUCUUUGUACGAUUGCUUGUUAACUGUUUGUCGAUUAUCUGGAUUUUCAAUUCCCUGACUAAUGUAAUGCUUGUGUUUUUUCGUGAAGGGUGCUCCAUUCUUUCUAACAGUCAGUAUUUUCCAAACGGUUUGCACUGUGGUGUAUGAAAAGAAAAAAAAAAGAUCUGUAAUCCGCGUUUCUAUGCUGUAACUCUUUGGGUUUUAUAUGUUGUGUUGGCUAGGUGCAUGAAGUUGUGCCGUCAAAGUUAAUGUGCCUGUUUGUGCAGUUAAUUUACAUAAAGUGGGUAAAAUUUUAUUACCUUAAGGUAAAAAAUGUUAUAUAAUAUAAUAAAAGUCUAUGAAAAAAGUUUGUAUUAACCUGUACAUUGAAAACUUGUAUAUAAUGUUCUGAGAAAAAAAUAUUAUGAACCAUUCCUUUAUGAUUUUCAUGACUUUUUUAAAGGAAUAUAUUGUUAUCAACCUAAGCUCUAUCUUCCACAGCUGUAGCAUAUGGUCAGCAGCCAAAGACAAUAUGUUUGAUUUAUUUCCCUGUUCUCAGAAAAGAAUGUAAAUACGUUGACUUGAAACAUGCUUAUAACAGAAGACAAAGGGCACUUGUCGUCCGUGGUAACUGACCAUAUGCUACAGAUGUGGCAGAUAGAGAUUAGAUUUAAAAACACUGGAAUAUUCCUUUAAUGUGGAAUUCUACAGAUUUUUCAAAAUGUCUACACAAUUCAGUGGUUGAAAUGUAAACACCAUCAUUCAGAGUGGUUUGAUGUGCAGCGGUGCUGUGUAGAGGGAACCAGGGGUCGCAAUGCCUUUAACGCCAAUAUAGCCAUUUUAUUUACUAUCCAAAACCACCAGUGAACCUACAUGUCUGUUCUGAGUUUUCAUAUGUAAUGUUGCUGAUGGUAAAAUAGUAGCAAGUCUGAAAAAUCUAAAAAUGAAAAAGUCUGAAAAUGAGUACUAUUUUGCUUUUCAAUGCUCUGUAUGCACCUCCAAAUAUAAAACAAUGUCUCAGGUACAUUUCACAAACUAUGUUGCUCAGAAAUGUGCAGGUAUCUUUCCUCAUUAAUGGUGUCUUCACAGAUUUGCAGGUUACCCAUGCUAUUGCCACUGAUACCCACAUAUCAUGAAAGACACUGGCUUUUGAACUUUAUACUGGUAACAGUCAGGAUAGUCCUUUACUUCUUAGGCCUGGAGAACACAACAUCCAUUAUAUUAAUAAACAGUCUGAAAAGUUGACCACAAAACAUAUUUUCAGUGUGCAUCAGUCCAUUUCAGAUGAGCUAGAGUUCAGAGAAGUCGGCGGUGUUUCUGGACGUUGUUGACAUACGGCUAAAUACCACUUCCAAUUUUAGGCCAUACUAUGCACAGCAGAGUGCUAUUUACUGGGUGGUAUUUAAGUGGUAUUUACUGACAGAUUCGGUUUUCCCUAUUAAAACCUUCAGAAAGUAAUAGCAAAUUGCCACUGUCCAAAAAUGCAUCAGGCAGCAUAUUCAUAACCAUUUUAUGUUAUAACUUUCUGUGAGGCAGCUUUUAGAAACAACUGUUUGGACAUCUAGUUCCUAUCACCACCAGCGUGAACAAUUCUGACUUGGUUUCUCCUGAACGGAGCACUCUGAAUGACUUUCUUUACAUCUUACCAUCUUAAUCACGCAUUAAUUUUGAAAAAUUGAAGGAAUUCCUCUUAAUGGACGUCUGUUUGGUCAACAUUGCCAAGUUUGACUCUGACCUUCUUGUGUGUAGCUCUUGGAGAAAAUGCUAAAUGUCCAUAGGUCAUGCUUAUAAUUGUGUUUUUACUGCUAUUUUACUGCCAAUACAGGCUUUUUGCUUGCAUGCAUCGUUUCUGUUUUUAUUCUCCGUUGCUUUGCCAUCAGGGAUCACAGCCUAGCGUGCUUUUUCUUGAAACUUUCCAUCAACCUUGACCUCCUCUGCUCAGUAUUCUCCUGCUUUUGUCCCGUUUCUACACAUCGCUGUCACUGUUUGCUGUUUUAAGUGAAUGUUGGUAAUGUGGAGAAGAAAAAAUAAAACUUUGUUACUGAAAAAAGCAAGCUUGCUAAUAUGAUCAUUACAAAGCAUGAGGCUCGAAAAGGUAAACCAAUGACAAAUAUUUCACCAUGCAUCAAUGUAGGCUGCUUGCUCUGCUGUCUGUGUUACAUUUUAACGUAAAUGGGUUUUUGCUUUUUUAUGUAAAUCAUCACUUGGUGUGAAUGGUAUUGCACAUGCCAAUAAAGACUGUGUACAGAG